CCCCUCCCCGGCCCGGCCCCGCCCACAGGCGGUUCGGCCCCGCCCAUUCGGCGGGACUGGUCUCCUCCCCGCCACUCUGGUUGCCGCCGUCCCGUCUCGGCCCCGCCCGUGCGGAUGUCGGCCCCGCCCACCCUGCCGUCCCAGGUGGGGCGGCCCCGCCCACCAGCCCUCCGCCGCGCCCUCUCCGCGGGGCUCAGGUGGGGCUCCCGGCCCGCCCCGCUCGGCCCGCCGCGUCAGGCCGCUUCGUCUGGGCUCCUCGCGGGCGGUGGGACCGCAAGUUUUAGCAUUUUGUCAGCAGGGCCCCGCGCGAGUCUCUGGGGCCGACGGCUGACCCUCGAGGGCCCCUCUCCACUCGCGCCCCGGCGCUCCCGCCGCCCCCGGCCGGGCAGCCACGAGGCCCCGCAGCGUCCUCCCGCGCGCGCCCGCCCGCCCGGCGGCUGCAGCCAUGUCGCGGGGGCCGGAGGAGGUGAACCGGCUCACGGAGAGCACCUACCGCAAUGUUAUGGAACAGUUCAAUCCUGGGCUACGAAAUUUAAUAAACCUAGGAAAAAAUUAUGAAAAAGCUGUUAAUGCUAUGAUCGUGGCAGGAAAAGCCUACUACGAUGGAGUGGCGAAGAUCGGGGAGAUGGCCUCUGGGUCCCCCGUGUCAACUGAGCUGGGCCAUGUCCUCAUAGAGAUUUCGAGCACCCACAAGAAACUCAAUGAGAGCCUUGAAGAAAAUUUCAAAAAAUUCCAUAAGGAGAUCAUCCAUGAGCUGGAGAAGAAAACAGAGCUUGACAUAAAAUAUAUGAAUGCAACUCUUAAAAGAUACCAAGCAGAACACAGGAGCAAAUUAGAUUCUUUGGAGAAAUCUCAAGCCGAAUUGAAGAAGAUCAGAAGGAAAAGUCAAGGAGGACGAAAUGCACUAAAAUAUGAACACAAAGAAACUGAGUACGUAGAGACUGUUACUUCUCGCCAAAGUGAAAUCCAGAAAUUCAUUGCAGACGGUUGCAAAGAAGCUCUGCUUGAAGAGAAAAGACGCUUCUGCUUUCUCGUGGACAAACACUGUAGCUUUGCAAAUCACAUACACCAUUAUCACUUACAGUCAGCAGAAUUACUUCAUUCCAAACUGCCCAGGUGGCAGGAAACCUGUUGUGAUGCCACCAAAGUGCCAGAGAAAGUCAUGAACAUGAUAGAAGAAAUAAGGACUCCAAUCUCUACCCCCGUAUCUGGGACACCUCAGCCCUCACCCAUGAUCGAGAGAAGCAGUAUGGGUGGGAAAGAUUAUGACAUCCAAUAUUCACCAAAGAUACCUCCAGCAACAUCAGCCAAAGCAUAUACCAGUCCUUUGGUUGAUAUGUUCAAUAAUCCAGCAACAACUGCACAAAAUUCAGAAAAGGUUAAUAAUUCAACAGACGCUGCAGAAGAUGCCAGUUUGCAGCGAUCGGUCUCGGUUGCAACUGGACUGAACAUGAUGAAGAAGCAGAAAGUCAAGACCAUUUUCCCACACACUGCCGGCACCAACAAUACCUUACUCAGCUUUGCGCAGGGCGACGUCAUCACACUGCUCAUCUCCGAGGAGAAGGACGGCUGGCUCUAUGGGGAGCACGAUGGCACCAAAGCGAGGGGUUGGUUCCCGUCGUCAUACACAAAGUUGCUGGAAGAAAAUGUGAAGGAACCGGUGACCGAGCCUACGCCAAGCCCCGCCCCGAUGAGAAGCAUCAGCACCGUGGACCUGUCUGAGAAGAACAGUGUCGUCAUCCCCCCGCCUGACUACCAGGAGUGUCUGUCCACGGGGGCUGCUGCCAGUAACCAAGCGAAUGUUGCCAAAAACACUUCUACCUUCAAAGCCUCGGCAUCUAAACCGGAAACCGUGUCUCCUAGUGAUGCAAAUGGGACCGCCAAGCCGCCUUUCCUCAGUGGGGAAAACCCCUUUGCUACUGUGAAACUCCGACCCACAGUGACGAAUGAUCGAUCAGCACCAAUCAUUUGAUGAAGAUGCCAAGGAUUCUCCUGGUUCCUCUACUGUUCAGUUCUCGCCUGCAGAAUGAUAGGUAUCCAUUGUGUGACAAGUUCUGGGACUGUUGGAAGCUUCACCAGAAGGUGCCUGAUUUUCAGUGUAUCCUACUUGAGCAAAUCAAUGCAUUUCUCAAUUAACACAGUUGAGCUUACACAUUUCUGUAAAAAUAAAUAAUAGUUUAGUGGCCAGCUCAAUCAUUUAAAAUAUUUUCUUCCUGCUCUAUCUAAAAAUAGUAAAUUUGGUUCCAAUCCCUAGUGUAUCUGUUUUUAAUAUUCUGAUUUUUUUUUUUUUAAAUUGCAGCUAGAAUAAGAUAGUCGGUGUUUUCAUGACUGGCUUUCUGCAUCUGAAUGCAAAUGAGACCAGUUCUAUUUUAUAAAGCAUGUGCUCUUAAGUAGCAUUAUGUUUAUCCAAAGAAAAUAUUGUAUAAGUUUGCAUCUUAGCAUGCAAAUCAUAAUUUUAAGCAAUAUAAAUUAUGAAAAAAUAUAUUAAAUAUAAUUUUUUAACUUACAAAUUUUAAACUCUUGAUUAAACAUAGAGCUCCCAAGAUAGACAGGUGGUCACGACCACCCCGAUUUAGACAGAGCCGAGGGCUGAGUUCUGAGACAUUUUGCCUGCCAUUCUCAUAGCCAUACUUAACAUUCUGUGUUAAGAGUUACAAGCUGGCUUCCCGGUGGCCUAGCACAUUGGAAAUAUGCUCUCCCUGAACUAGCAGACCAAAGCUGCAGCUGCUGACUUACUGGGAAACCUCUGGUGGUCCAAGUUCGUGUGUGUGAAUCAGGUACUAACUCUCAAAGCCAAGUAAUAAAGCCAGAAUGACUCCAGUGACCCUGAAGGGCAGAGCCGGUAUUUCAGCUUGAAAUCACAUGGAGGACUCCGGGUAGGCCUCUGUACCCAGGGGCUGGAGUUCGUUCUUGGCUACCAAGGACCAAAAAAUCAAUCAAAAUUCACACCCAGGCCACUCACUGGGUAUAGGAGAAGGGGCUGUUGCUUAUCAUGAUCUCAUCACUUCUGAGUAUUUUUCUGUAAGUUAAAAGUUGGUCAUGGUUUCAGUAAUGGCAGUAAACUGGUAAACAUGAGACUUCAAGCACCGCUGGGCUCUCCUGGGAGGACAAAGCAGGCGCCCCCAUGAAGAGCUGCUGCAGGAUGAGAUCAUGCCCUCCCUGUCAUGCAGCACUACCUUGAAAGGUGCCCCAGCCAAGUUUCAAAUUCACAUGGGUGGCCCCACCAUUUCCAAAACACAAGAGCAGAGUUAACGGCAGCCCAUUGUUUUCAGCAGUGAACAAGUGAGGGGCAGGUUUCGGAAGUGUGUGAAGCCCAGAGAACAUGGGUGAGAUCUCCUGGCUUUGUUACAGGGGUGCAGGAAAAGGCCCCAGGACCACUUGCUGCAGGAGGGUGGGGGGGGGGGGCACUGGGCCUGAGGUGCCUACCCUGAGGCGCAUGCUCUGCAGCUGUCACAGUUUAUGGUUCAAUGUCGGUAAUAAAGGGGAAUUGGAAA